GGGGGGGAAGCGCUCCCGGCCAGGGUUGGAACGAGCGAGCGCGCACUGCGCUCGUGCCCGGCGCGCGCCCUCGCCGCCUGGAGUCCCGGCGCUCGAGCCAGUCGCGUGCGGAGGGAGAAGGGAGCUGCAGCGGAAAGCAAAGAGCGAGGAUGAUAAAGGUCCUGAUAUGUGUUGUUGUUGUAGCCUUCCUGCAAACAGAAGGCAGGCAACGGGCGACGUCGGACAGCGGCAAUUUUCUGGAUGAUAAACAAUGGCUGACUACUAUCUCGCAGUAUGACAAGGAGCCGGGACACUGGAAUAAAUUCCGAGACGAGGUUGAGGAUGAUUAUUUCAGGAGCUGGAACACUGACAGACAUUCGGAUCCAGGGCUCGAUUCUACGAAAGAUCCAUGCCUAAAUGUGAAAUGCAGUAGACACAAAGUAUGCAUCGCACAAGAUAACCAUAGAGUGGUCUGCAUUAGCCAUAGACGGCUAACACACAGCAUGAAAGAAACUGACUUGACCCACAAAUCACGGAAAGGAACAAAUUGCAAGCAGUGUCCAGUAGUUCAUCCUCACUCUGUAUGUGGAACAGAUGGCCAUGUCUACUCCUCUCUGUGCAAACUGGAAUAUCAAGCAUGUGUUUCAGGCAAGCAGAUCUCACUCAAAUGUGAUGGGCGGUGUCCUUGCUCCUCAGAUAAAUCAUACAAUGAAGGAAAAGAUGAAAGGAAAGCAGAAUGCGGUGACAGGGAGUUCAGGGAAGUUGUGUCAAGACUAAAGGACUGGUUCAAAGUACUCCAUGAAAAUGGAAAUCGCAACAAAAAAGCUCAUGGACUUCAGAGACAGGACAAGGACCGAAUUAAGCAAGCAGAACCUGCUGGUCAACAGCAUGCAUUUGAAGGGCGUCAGUCAACAGGCCGCCAACAAGAAACAAGCAUCAGGACAAAUACAUACACACUGCAACAAUUGUACAGUGAUGUGGAUAAGGAAGCACACGUUGAAGGACAGGGUGCUGAUGUUGGAGGAUUUGACACCAGUAUUCUACCCAUUUGUAAGGACUCACUUGGAUGGAUGUUUAACAGACUGGACACAAACUAUGACCUGCUGCUCGAUCAGUCAGAACUGGGAAGCAUUUAUUUUGACAACCAUGAUCAGUGCAUGAAGCCAUUUUUCAAUUCAUGUGAUACAUACAGAGAUGGUCGCAUUUCCAACAAUGAGUGGUGCUACUGCUUUCAGAGAAAUCAAGAGCCACCCUGCCAGAUGGAACUAAACAAUAUUCAAAGACAACAACGAGGAAAGAAAUUGCUUGGAAUCUUUAUUCCAACUUGUGACGAAGAUGGUUAUUAUAAAGCAACCCAGUGUCACGGCAGUGUGGGACAGUGCUGGUGCGUUGACCGAUAUGGCAAUGAAAUGAGAGGAUCUAGGUCAAGUGGAUCACCAGAUUGUGUUGGUGAUAUAGAGAUUUCAGGUGACUUUGGCAGUGGUGACCUCCAUGAAUGGUCAGAUGAUGAGGAUGAUGUGGAAGUAACCAAUGAUGAGGAAGAGGAUGAUGGAGUUGACAAUGAAGACGAUGAAGAUGACGAUGAUGAAUAUGAUGUAGGAGGCUACAUAUGGUAGUCUGGAAAUGUCAUGAACUUUAAAAUUUGCACGUUUCUAUAGUGAAAUCUCAUCCGUUAUUAGACGCAUUAAAAUGAACAAAAGAUAUUUCAGUCAACAUGUAUAUUUUGUACAAUUAUACCCUCAAAUAUGGAUCCUUCAGAAAUAGAUUCACAUCCUUUAAAAACUAUUGCAGUACAUGUUAACUCAGUAAUUUUUGAAAGCAUAAGUAAAACAUUAUAAUCCAAACUAGUUAAAAGAAACAGUGCAAAAACACAUGUGAAAACCUCAACUAUUUUUGAAACUCAACUUCCUUUGAAUUGUGUUCUGUCAUCGUACAUGGUCACAUUGUGAUGCAGUAAACCUAGCCUCCUUCUCCACAAAUGACCUGUGUACACUGUUCCUGGCAUUGACCCCUGAAGCCACUAGUCACAGCUUUGAUUUGCUUUGUUUUCAGAAUGUCUUGGUUAUCCGGAUGGCAAAGGCUUGAACAUGUAUAGCCAAACAAAUAAUUUGUCAGCAAUUAGUUAACUUUUGCAUAUGAACAUUAUUGUGGUGAAAUUUGCAGCAGUUGGAAUUUUUAGUCAACGGUGGUUAUGGCAACAAACCAUUCUUGCCAUAUCUUAAAUAAAAUAUUACUAAAGAAUGUGGAUGCCUUGGCUACCUGAGUGAUGUUUUUCUCUUUUUCUUCAAAUAAAAUUUAAUCGUCUUUUUAAAGGUAUAUAUACUUUUAAUUAGUAGUUUGAAGUGAAUAGAAGUCACAUUGCGAUGUGCCUUUCAAUUUAAAAAUAGACAUUUUGUUUGUGUAUGAAAAAUAGGAGUUCAGGUAAUAUUUAACCAUGCCUGAUCACAGCUAAGUACUGCAGCUGCAAAUGUGGGAUAAGAGAAAUAUAAUUUUAAGUAACUAAUUUUUCAAUAGUUAUAUCAGUCAUCCCAUGGACUAUAAAUGUAUGCCAGUAACGUGUAGCAGUAGCACUUAACAAUUUUGCUAUAGAUUAAAUUGCCCUGUAUUUAUGUUAGCAUGUUAAUUGGUUGUAUAGAACAUGGUGGAAUUCCAUCGCCUUGAUGCAUAUUAGAGUUGAGUCUUUUAAGUCCUCUGUCAACAAAAAUCAAAGUUGUUUGUAGUUACUAACAUAACAUUGCAUUGUGUGCUGUUUAUUUAUAACAUAUGAUUGUCAGCUCUUAAAUGUUUCUUCUGAAAUCUGGAUUGAAAAAAAACAAAUAAUAUAACACGUUUUCAUUUUUUUUCCUUUUAAACUGAAUUUGCAUUACAAAAUGAAAAGGCUAUGCUGCAUUUUUUUUACUGUAUGUAUAGUUUGCAAUAAUAAAGGACUCCUGUAACCAGUUA